CUCCAGUCUCCGGUGAUUAUUGAAUUGCUGAGGAAUUUGGGAAAGGACUGCUGAAGUUUCCAUUCCAUGGAUCCCUUGGGUGCACCUUCCCAGUUUGUGGACGUGGACACAUUACCAAGUUGGGGUUGCUCAUAUGAAGAUGAAUUAGAUUCCUCUGACACUACAGCUGAAAAAGUACAGGAAGGCACAAUUAGAUCACCUUUUCCUUAUAAUAAGGAUAUCAAUGGAAAAGUUAUUCUUUGGAAAGGAGAUGUAGCAAUACUAAACUGUACGGCCAUUGUGAAUACCAGCAAUGAGAGUCUUACAGAUAAGAAUCCUGUAUCAGAAAGUAUCUUCAUGCUUGCAGGGCCUGAUUUAAAGGAGGACCUCCAGAAACUUAAAGGUUGCCGGACAGGUGAAGCAAAAUUGACCAAAGGAUUUAAUCUAGCUGCCCGGUUCAUCAUUCACACAGUGGGACCUAAGUACAAGAGCCGCUACCGCACAGCAGCUGAGAGUUCCCUGUACAGCUGCUACAGAAACGUGCUUCAACUGGCCAAAGAACAGUCAAUGUCUUCUGUUGGAUUCUGUGUCAUAAACUCUGCAAAACGAGGUUAUCCUUUAGAGGAUGCAACACAUAUAGCACUUCGCACUGUAAGGAGAUUUUUAGAAAUCCAUGGGGAAACCAUUGAAAAAGUGGUAUUUGCUGUCUCUGAACUGGAAGAGGCUGUCUACCAAAAGCUGCUACCUCUGUAUUUCCCAAGGUCACUGAGGGAAGAGAGUCGGUCGUUGCCAUACCUUCCUGCAGAUAUUGGAAAUGCAGAAGGGGAGCCUGUGGUACCUGAACGGCAAAUUAGAAUAAGUGAAAAACCUGGUGCUCCUGAGGACAGCCAAGAAGAGGAGGAUGAAGGCUUGGGAGUUGAUCUCUCUUUCAUUGGCUCUCAUGCUUUUGCUCGAAUGGAAGGAGAUAUUGAUAAGCAAAGAAGAUUGAUACUUCAAGGACAGUUAUCAGAGGCAGCCCUACAGAAGCAGCAUCAAAGAAACUACAAUCGCUGGUUAUGUCAAGCAAGAUCUGAAGAUCUAUCUGAUAUUGCUUCUCUAAAAGCCUUAUACCAAACAGGUGUUGAUAACUGUGGUCGCACAGUGAUGGUGGUAGUUGGAAGAAACAUUCCUGUAACCUUAAUAGAUAUGGACAAGGCACUCCUGUAUUUUAUCCAUGUAAUGGAUCACAUUGCUGUGAAGGAAUAUGUAUUAGUGUAUUUUCACACCCUGACCAGCGAAUACAAUCACCUUGACUCUGAUUUCCUGAAGAAACUCUACGAUGUUGUUGAUGUCAAGUACAAAAGGAAUUUGAAGGCUGUGUAUUUUGUUCAUCCAACAUUUCGUUCAAAGGUGUCAACAUGGUUUUUCACCACAUUUUCUGUCUCAGGACUGAAGGACAAAAUCCACCAUGUGGACAGCCUCCACCAGCUAUUUUCUGCCAUAUCUCCAGAACAGAUCGACUUUCCUCCUUUUGUCCUUGAGUACGAUGCCAGGGAAAACGGGCCUUACUAUACAUCAUAUCCUCCAUCACCAGAUCUGUGA